CACCUGCUCUGGCUCGUCGUCCUCCACCUCCAUUGAAGCCCACCUCGACCACAACUGAUUGAAGCUCCAGCCAUGUCCGUCCACAUCCUCAUGUACCCUUACCCCACCUCCGGUCACAUCAUCCCACUCCUCGACCUCGCCCACAAGCUCCUCCACCUCCGCCCCUCCGAUCUCGCCGUCUCCGUCACCGUCACCGUCACCGUCCUCGUCACCCCCGACAACCUGCACUUGCUCGACCCCUUCCUCUCCUCUCCUUCUUCGUCCCCCUCCUCGCUCCAGCCUCUCGUCUUGCCUUCCCCUGAGCCGCCCGCGACGCCCCUUCCGCCGCAGAGGCGCCUAGCCGCCAACGUCCGCUCCCUCCGCGACCUCCACCUCCCCCUCCUCUCCCGGUGGUUCGAGUCCCACCCCUCCCCGCCCUGCGCCGUCGUCUCCGACUUCUUCCUCGGCUGGACCCACCGCUUCGCCCGCGAGCGCGGCGUCCCGCGCGUCGUCUUCUCGCCGUCCGGCGCGUUCGCGCUCUCCGUCUCCUUCGCCCUGUGGCGGGACCUCCCCAGGCCCGACGAGGAGUCGAUGGUCUCGUUCCCGAAAUUGCCGAACUGCCCCCGCUUUCCCUGGUCGCACAUACCCCAGAUAUACAGGAAUUACGAGGCGGGAGAUCCGGAAAUGGAGCUCCAACGGGAGGGCGCCAUCGGCAAUAUCCAGAGUUGGGGGAUCGUGAUCAACUCGUUCGACGGGUUGGAUCGGACUUACCUGGAUCACAUCAGGAAAGAGGUCGGGCACGACCGGGUUUGGGCCGUGGGCCCGCUGCUGCCAGCAGAGGCCGAGGACUCGGCCGGGCCCGUCAAUAGGGGCGGGCCCACCUCGGUAUCAGCCGGCGAGGUGCUGACGUGGCUGGACGCCUUCCCGGACGAGUCCGUCGUCUACGUGUGCUUCGGGAGCCGUGCCGUGCUGACGCAGCGGCAAAUGGACGAGCUGGCAGCCGGGCUGGAGCGAAGUGGGGUCAGAUUCAUCCUAUGCGUGAGGGAGCCAGGCAGGGGAGGAGGACACGUGGCGGGCGACUGCGGGACGGUCACCAAGGACUUCGAGGAUCGAGCGGUCGGGAGGGGCCUCGUGAUCAGGGGUUGGGCCCCGCAGGUGGCGAUCCUGCGCCAUCGAGCCGUGGGCGCGUUCUUGACUCACUGCGGAUGGAACUCGACGCUGGAAGGGCUGAGCGCCGGGACGGUGAUGCUGACGUGGCCGAUGGGCGCGGAGCAAUUCGUGAAUGCCAAGCUGCUGGUGGACGAAUUGGGCGUGGGAAUCAGAGUCGGUGAGGGAUCGGAGAAGGUACCGGAGGCGACGGAGUUGGCCCGGGUUCUGGCCGAGUCGCUGAGGGGUGAUCUGCCCCAGAGGGUCCGAGCCAAGGAGAUGAGCAGCGCGGCUUGGGACGCGAUCAAAGGAGGGAGCUCCGAUGAAGAUUUGGGGGACUUCGUGAGGCGCGUGGACGAGCAAAGGAGGAGCAAAAUCCGUACUUAGGAUCUUCACGUUCUAUGUACCGAAGCCACGAGCAAUGUUGAGAGAACGUAAA